AUGGAGCAGUAUCAAAUACUGAAGGAAAUUGGGAGUGGAUCUUAUGGGGUUGUCUGGGGAGCAUGGGAUGAACACACUGAUGAAGUGUUUGCCAUCAAGAAACUGAAAAUGAGGUGCAACUCGGCCAAAGAAUACAUCAACCUGACAGAAGUCAAGGCUCUGCGCAAGAUGAAUCAUCCAAACAUCAUAAAGCUCAAGGAAAUCAUCAAAGAAGACGACAGUUUGUACUUGGUGUUGGAAUACAUGGAAUGCAAUCUCUGCGAGCGUAUGACAUGCAGGAAGAAGCCUUUUUCAGAGGACGAGAUUAGAGACUUGUGCUUCCAAAUCUUUCAAGGUCUGGCAUACAUGCACGACAACGGCUACUUUCAUCGUGACCUCAAACCGGAGAACCUUCUUGUUUCCAAGGAUGUAAUAAAGAUUGCUGAUCUUGGUCUAGCUCGUGAGAUGAAUGGCAAACCGGCCACUGAUAAUAUUGGGUCCCGCUGGUAUAGUGCCCCUGAAGUUCUUCUUGGGAAAGAAUAUGAUUCUUCAGUUGAUAUGUGGGCAAUGGGUGCAAUCAUGGCAGAACUAUUUACACGCCACCCACUGUUUCCUGGUAAACAUGACCGAGAUCAAAUGUAUAAAAUAUGCAGGGUGAUCGGCAGUCCAACAGAAACCACAUUGAGCAUGGUAAAUAGCAACUAUCAGUUCCCACAGCUUCCUGGUGUCCAACUUUCUUCACUGUUACCAUGUGCAAGCCUGGAAGCACUCGAUCUGAUUGCGAUGCUUAUUUCAUGGAAUCCAUCCGCGAGGCCGACAGCUAUGGAGGCACUUGAGCAUCCUUUCUUCUAUACCUGUUACCAUGUUCCACCACCCCGACCCAUACCUCUUGUAUUCAAAAGUUCCAAAAGUUGUGCAUUUUCUUAUGAAAGGGAGGAUCAAUCGAAAGAACUGAUUCGUCUGCUCCCAGAAAACCCAUUUUAUGAAACAGUAGUUCCUUCAGAAAACAUGACUCGUUUGCUCCCAGAAAAUCCACUUUAUGAUUCCGAAGUGGUAGAUCACUCUGAAAACUUUAGGCGUCUGCUCCCAGAAAAUAUGUUUGAUGGUUCCGAAAAAGAGGACCCCUCAGAAAAACAUGGUCUCGAGAUGAAGCGGGAUUCGUUGAAGCUAAAAACAAGAACAAAGAAUUGCACAAUUGGUUUGGAAAGUGAUGCAAGGCACAUCGACAGCGAUAGCAUAUAUGGAUAA